CAUGUCCGGUGGUGGAGGACAGACCAACGGACACAGAACCCCAGACAAUCCUCAAAAACCCUAAAGUUUUCCCUCCAUCCUCUUCUCGCGCAACAAGAAUUUACCAACGCAAUCCCGGUUCUGUCUGUGUCGUGUGUCCGGCUGUCCUCUGUCUCUCCCCUUCCCUCCAAACCCUAGCCAGCAAAAACCCUGUAAAAGGCCUCUCCUUUGCUCCUCUCAGUACGCAGCACUGUCCAUAAGCAUUAGCAGCAGAGAGAGAAACGUUCAGUUUCUCCCGCCUCUUUCCUCUUUCGCUCUCUCGAGUUCAAGCAAAAAAGGAAGUUUUUUUUCUUCUACUUUCCUCUCUCUCUCAAAUUCCAGUGAGAAAAAAGGGAAGGAAAUCGCGGUGAGAUGCGAAGACGCGAUGCGGAAGCUGUUAAGCCGAAGCCCUCCUGGCCCUAUCCUCCUCUGUAGCGCCGCUAAACCUCCCAUUACUCUAGGGUUCAAGUACAAGACCGCCGCCAGUACCACAGCAAGCUUCGCUUUCCAUAAAAGCCCUCCCUUUUCUGGGUUUAACGCUCCCGUUCGCGCAAUGGGUCCGCCACCCGGUGCGCUCCCAGCUGCCGGCGGCUGCGGCGGGUCGGCUCUAGCGGCCGCCCUGUCCAAGAAGGCUUCGGGCUACGUCCCUUCUCGCUCCUACUCCACCAGCUGCGGAAUCUGUCGAUGCUCCAUCCAGAACACGGCGCCCUCGCGGGCGUGGGUCGUGUUCAAAGGCGGCCGCGGCAGGUCGUGGCAGAAGUGGGUCCACACGGGCUCGGAGGGGUCGUUCUCGGCUUCCGCCGUCGAGGGUUCGAAGAAUCUUGAGAAGGGUCUGGGCGAGAAGGAUGUGAUGGUACCGGAUGAGAAGGCAGCAAGAGUGCAGAGGAGGCAGAAGGAGCCCGCUAGCGUCGCUGGUAACGUGGAUUUGCUGACGAUUCCGGGCGUGGGGCCAAGGAAUCUGAGGAAGUUGGUGGACAAGGGGAUUGCUGGAGUCGCUGAGCUCAAGCAGUUGUACAGGGAUAAGUUCUUUGGGAAGUCUAGUGAGGGGAUGGUGGAGUACUUACGAAGUUCUGUCGGAAUCAUUCACAAAAACCAUGCCGAGAGUAUCACUACCUACAUUAGAGAGAGUGUGGAGGAAGACUUGGAGGAUUCUGACAUGGAAAAUAAGCCAGCACUGAAGAAACGUCUCACUUUCUGCGUUGAGGGGAACAUAAGUGUUGGCAAGACGACAUUCCUUCAAAGGAUUGCUAAUGAAACGCUGGAGCUGCGUGACCUUGUUGAGGUCGUUCCAGAACCUAUCAAUAAGUGGCAGGAUGUUGGGCCUGAUCACUUCAAUAUAUUGGAUGCUUUUUAUGCAGAUCCAGAAAGAUAUGCCUAUACUUUUCAGAAUUAUGUGUUUGUUACAAGGGUUAUGCAGGAGAGAGAGUCAUCUGGCGGGGUUAAGCCACUCAGACUGAUGGAGAGAAGUGUCUUCAGUGAUAGAAUGGUCUUUGUAAGAGCUGUCCAUGAAGCAAAGUGGAUGAAUGAGAUGGAGAUCAGCAUCUAUGACUCAUGGUUUGAUCCAGUUGUCUCAUGCUUACCUGGUCUCAUCCCUGAUGCUUUUAUAUAUCUGAGGGCAAGCCCCGAUACUUGUCAUAAGAGAAUGAAGCUUCGGAAGAGAUCCGAGGAAGGUGGAGUUUCCCUGGAAUACCUCCGAGACUUGCAUGAGAAGCAUGAGAGCUGGCUUUUCCCAUUUGAAAGUGGGAAGCAUGGAGUAUUGUCAGUGAGUAAGCCCCCUUUUCAUGUUGACAACUCGUUACAUCCAGGUAUAAGGGACCGUGUUGUCUAUUUGGAGGGUGAUCAUAUGCACUCCAGUAUUCAAAAGGUUCCUGCUUUGGUCCUUGAUUGUGAGCCCAAUAUUGAUUUCAGCAAGGACAUUGAAGCCAAGAGGGAGUAUGCAUCCCAAGUGGCACAGUUCUUUGAGUUUGUGAAGAAGAAGAAAGAUGAUGAGCCGACCAAAGUCGGAGAACAGCCGCAGGGUGGGCAGCAGCAGGUGUUGCUGCCCCACAGUGGUGGAUUGUGGAUGCCGGGUGGCAAACCCUUCCCUGAGUCAGCCCUUCAAUCUUUGGACUUUAGACGAGCCAUGUCUUUUAUGUCUGGCUAGUUAUGUUUGGUUUUCUACUGCAUUGCCCCGGUCAAUUGUGUUGUCUUGUGUUUUUUUAUCAUAUGCCUGGGCUGGUCGUGAUUCUGCUUGUAAAAAGGGCGUCUUUUCUUAAGUUUUUAUUAGAUGUGUAGAGAAAGCUGAACCCGUCAAUUAUCCAGUUAGGUGCUGUUAGGGUGGGUGAGUUUAUGUGCUCUCCAUGUUCAAAGUGUCUUGUUUAUUUGUGUUGAAGAUGUGCCUGGUGACUUCGCAAA